ACACUUCCCGGGGCGCUCUGGCAGGUGCUGGCGGGCGGAGACACGGGCACUGUGCUGUGCAGAAUGAAGUAGCUUGGUACACCUGGGGCUCAACACACACAUUCCUUUUCCUGCCUUAGCAGGCAAGGUGAGGGCUCCCUGCAGCAGAGAGGGCAUUUUCCUCAUGCUGUGAAAAAACCCAAGGGCUUGAAAACUUGAGAUGUGCCCUGGGAACCUGUGGCAGGCACUAGCGAGCCCUGAGGGACUCUUUCUACUUGUCCCCCUCACUUCCUCCCCCCUGAGAGAGCUGCCUGGGGAGAGAGAUCCCUGGGGAGAAGGUUAUGCCGCCACAUGUCCUCCCACCCCCAUCCUCUCCCAGCAACCACAUCUUGCUGAAGGCUGGUGGAGGCAAUGCAAAUCAACAUUUGCAAAAAGGCAAUGGCAAAGCUCGUGUAAAAGGGCAAAAAAAGAGACUACAGUAAGUAUUUUUGAUUAUUUCCUGAUAGCCUUCUGUUUCCCACAGCUAUACAAUUGCAGAACAUUUUGUAAAUGAUUUCUUUAUGAUGUGACUAAAUGUAAUUUGCGUUUUCAAAGGGAAAUACAAAUCAAAGCCCAACAAUGAAAGGGCUGGGAUUUUGAGCUUUUAAAAGUGGCUACUGCAUAUCAAAACCAGCUACUUUCGAACAACAUUUUUUGCUAUGCAUUUUGUGGAAUGGCUACACGACAAUCAAAUGAGCAUUGUAAUUAUGCUCCCAUAAUGUGCAUCAUAAUGCUCUUGGCUCCAAAUGAUCUGCUGUGACUUACAUUUGGAAUAAUCAUUAAGGUUUCUAUCAAAAAUGACCACAUUUCAGCCAUUUUCUUAGUGCACCGAUGAAUGUAGUAUCAACUGCACUUUUUCUGACACUGAUCUGUAUUAUUCCUUUGGUUUUCCUUCUCUUAUUCUUUUGGUUUUUGUGGUCUUGGCAGUUUGUGUCAAAGAAAUACAGUAUCGGAUAAGAUCGGACAUGACCACCUUCAAUCCAACAUGCAGGAUGCAUUGGCACACAGCCUUUACUAACAAGAAAAUCAUAGCAAAGCACAAGGAGAUAGAAACCUGUUAAACUAAAAGGAGAAAAUCUAUUUCUCCUUAGAGAGAAAAAAAAGGAAAAAGAUACUAAUUGCAUUGUGGAGGUAUUUUAUGGAGCUAGUACAGCUGGUCUUACUAGAAACAGAUCGUACAUAUUAAAUAUUAUAUCUAUUUUACAAAAUCUGAUUCUACCUAUGAGAGCAUAGUGUUAAGGUAUUUACAUUAAAAAGGUACUCCAUAAAAAUGCAUGUCCAGCAAACACAUAGAGGUCUAGCUGUAAUUAAAUCUCCAAAAGUGAUGUUCUGUGUAAGAACAAGUAUGUCCUUUCUGGAUUGCAAUCAAUAGCAGGUUACCUGAUUAUACACCUUAUUAUGUCUUGUAUAGUAGUGUGAGCCACUGGAGGGUGAUGUGUGAACAAAGAGAUAUGCUUGAUCAGAUCUUUUCAAGAAACACACCUUACAGGAGAGAGAAAAACAAUUAGUGUGUGUUAUAGGUUACCGAUUUACAAUUUACAUCAUAAAUCAAUGUCUGAUUAUUUUAAUGCAAAAUGUUUUUAGCUUCAUUUUAUUGCACUAAUGGUUUCAAUAACACACUAUAAUUUGCUCAGAUGAAGAGGUGAUUGGACAGCUCUUACAUAAAUUUUUAAUUACUGUCAUUAGUGGCUGCAGUCUUAUUCUUUCCUGUGGAGCUAAGAUACGUGUCAUUGCAUUGUGCUACGGGUACUCAGUGGCCAUGAGAAUCCAAACUCUCCCUUUCCUCUUAAACGCAUGCACCCAUAAAUAUGUGUCACUGUGCAAGUCUCAUCACAAUAAAUACUAGCAUCACACAGACAUUAACUAAUGUGUCCACAUGCUAUUUUAGGCAGGUGUGGUGGUGCAUCCCCCACCCUUGGGCCAUACUAUGAUCUCAGAAACACUCAUUAAGCCUUGGCCUUGACAAACACCACCUGGGCUAAGGUCCUCUUGAACUUAACAGAAACACUGCCAGGAGCUUAUGCUUUCUAGUGUGGCUGUUUUUAACGAACAGCCUUGAAAACUGAUUUUUCUUGCCUGAAUAAUAACCCAAGUGGAACAACAUUUUUGUUCCCAGACUUUCGAAGAAAAUUAUUGACCCAAAUUGUGGCCAGGAUGGAAAAUUACUAUGGCUAAAGCCAACCCUUUUGUGACCCUAUAAAGAGCAGUCCUAAGUGAGACCCUUUGAGCCCUCCUGGACCGCAGCAGGCUGUGACCAACACCUCCCCCUCAGUGGGGCCUCCCAGGGCCAGCCAACACUCACGUUUGCCAUACUUGGGGGACCACCACCGAUCGCCAGCAAUGGAGCCUGGGCUACCUCCACUCCUCGAGACUCAACACUUUGCCCACUGAGAAGAUCCAAAGGCAUCCGAUCGCCGAGGUUGUUCGGGAAGGAGAAACUUCACAGCCUUUCGAAAUACAAAACUGAUUCCCAUGGAAACAUCCUCAUCCUCUGAUGACAGUUGUGACAGUUUUGGUUCUGAUAAUUUUGCAAGCACAAAAUGCAAAUUUAGGUCGGAUAUUAAAGAAGAACUGGCAAAAAUUUUUCAUGAAGCCUCUGAUGAUGAAUCUUUCUGUGGCUUUUCAGAAAAUGAAGUUCAAGAUGCAUUGAAAUUGGAAUCGGAUUCAGAGGAGACUGAUACAAGUGCUGAAAGUGCGAUAGAUCAGAGAGGGCAGAAAUGCCCUGUUCCUCUGAAAGUAGCCAUGAGGUUUCCACCUCGAAGAUCGGAGAGGAGGAAGGGUGAGAUGGAACCUGUUCCUGAAACACUGAUGCCUGCUCCAGAUUCAGACUCUGACACUGAAGAAAAUGGUGCUAUGUUUUUAGAAAAAAGAGCUUUAAACAUAAAGGAAAACAAAGCAAUGCUUGCAAAACUAAUGGCUGAGUUGCAAAAUGUUUCUGGUAUCUUUGGUGGGAGAAAAUCGUUGCCAGCUGUCAGUCAUCAGGGACCAAAGCGACUUCCAAGGCGUUCCUUGCCCAAAUGUGCCUUGAGGAGGAACCCAGACCGAAGUUCUCGGCCUCACACAAGGUCCAGGUCCUUGAUUGAAGGUCCUCCUACUCUUGUACCAGAAGAGGAAGAAGAUGACCGGUACAUCUUAGUGAGAAGAAGAAAGAUGUCUGACGAAUACCUGGAGCAUGAAGCCCGUACUCCCAGGAGGGGUCACCGUGGUGCCGUGGCUUUUCCACACGUUGUGCGCCCAGUUGAGGACAUAACAGCGGAAGAGCUGGAUAAUAUUUGUGUAUCUGCAAGAGAAAAAGUAUAUAACAGGGCCAUGGGAUCCACCUGCCAUCAGUGUCGCCAAAAAACCAUAGACACCAAGACAAAUUGUCGUAACCCUGAUUGCAUAGGAGUGCGGGGCCAGUUCUGUGGGCCGUGCCUCCGCAACAGAUACGGGGAGGAUGUCAGAGCAGCACUGCUGGACCCGACAUGGAGGUGCCCACCAUGUCGUGGGAUCUGCAACUGUAGUUUCUGCAGACAGCGAGAUGGCCGAUGUGCCACAGGUGUCCUGGUCUACCUGGCCAAGUACCACGGCUUUGACAAUGUCCAUGCCUACUUAAAAAGUCUGAAACAAGAACUUGGAAUGGAAGACUGAAGCUGUGGCUGCCUUUAAGUUACAUACUCUUUUCAACUACGUCAUAUUAUUGCCUGCAGUGAAUUGUUUAAUCAAAUGAGAUUACAAAGUGCCUUCCCUGCUUCCCUCUCCUUUUGGGUAAAAAAGGAUAAAAACCUUUCAUUUUUUUCAGUAUAAACCAUAGUUGGGAAAGCUGUUCAAUGAAGGUCUUUGCCCAGAGGCCACUGUUUUCUCUUUAAACAACUUUGCAAAUCAGAUAGCAUCAGUCCUUGUUUUCAUGAUAGUAACUUUGUUUUUUUCUUCCUGAAGGGAGAUGGGGCUUUAAGCCAUUCGUUUCACUCAUGCAGCGAUCUCUGCUGCAGGUUUACUUAUGCUCCAAAAUUGUUUACAAAAAGAUAGAGAUAUUCUGAAAACUUGGGGUGGUUUUCUCCACAAAACCAAGCAGCCAAGUUCUGCAAUACAGACACUUAAUGAUCAAAUGGAAUUGUAGAAUUCUCUGAAGCAGCAGCAUGUUCUUAAGUUCAAAAAGGAAGCCCUGUAAGUUGCAGCUGAGCAGUCUUCAAGCACUAAUAUUUGGUUUUAUAGAGUACUAAAAGUUCAUCCUGGCCAUUUGAAGGGAGACUCUCUGAAUUAAAAAAUGCAGCAGAAGCCGUUUGACGUGGCACUUUGUGUUUUUGCUGAGAUAAGGCCACUGCUGAAAGCUUCCACAGCACUAGCAUUGCCUACUGGUGAUGUGAUGUGAACAUACUGGUAUACAUUGUGUAGUGACCACUGUCUGAAACAGAAUGCUUCGUGUGUUAAAUGACUGUGUUCGUGGACUCUCUUCUCCCUGUUCUUGCUGCAGCUGCAGAACUGCUUUGCAGAGUCAGCAGUGGUCCUGGGGAAGAGGGAUACCUCCAGACCAGGGCUUGGUGAAGCAGAGGGGUGGCAGUUCAUGUGGCUGUUGGCCAGCUUCAAGUGGAUGAAAGGUGGUAACUUGUUUAAUUUGGUUAUCAGGAAAAGGGGCAGUGCAUGUUUCUGUAUCUGGCUCUGUGUGAUUGUUGAAGGUUCUUUCACAUGACAUUUGUGAAAUGUAAGUACAGCAGAAAUGGAGCUGAAGAAUUCUGAUAUGCUGAGUGCAUGGGGUCUCCUGUACUCAGUGUUGUGGAAAAGAAGGUGCCAUGAAAAUUGCAUCCAGAGAACCACAAAGUUUGUAAAUGUGCUUAGUUUGGUUAUGGAAACUACUGUGUAAGCUUUGUAUAAGGUUUAGAAGGUAAUGUUAUAAAUAAUGUACAGUUUAAUAGUAGAAAAAUCAACAUGGGAUUACACUUCUCUGCUUGCGCCGUAUUUGCACUGUGUGUACACAAAAUGAUCCGCAGUUCAUACCUUUCUGGGAAUUGCAUCAGUGUGUGUGGGAGGGGAGGAGAGAGGAAUUUAGAAACAACAGAUACUUAUGUCUCAGACUUGCAGUUCUGUUUCAUAAAUCAUCUCUCCUAUAGAAAAUCUCCUGUCCUUUCUUCAUCUGUUUUUAUAGUGUGAAUAGCUGUGCAAUCUGAGGUGUGGAGAGUGCUCUUCCCUCUAGGUACAUUUUGUGAAGAAGGAACUCAUUUUAGAAAUACAUGUUCUGACAGAUAAAAGUGGUUGGUUUUUUUUUCCUCCUAAUUGCUUGGCUUGCCUUCUGAUUGCUAGAGUGUGAAAGUACUGUGCUAAAAGCAGACCCUUGUGUUAUAUUACAGAGACUGCUGUAUUUAGAUUUACUCAGAUCUGUACUGUUCUGUACAAAAUUUUUCAUUUUGAAAAUAAAGAUUUUCAGAUUUAGAAUA